AUGAGACAUAGCAGACAUGACGUAACAAAGUGGAAACCAUUUGAGACCGGUGAAUAUACCAUGCUUGGCAAUGGAGUUGUUGGAAUCCUCUCCGAGUCUAGAUACAAGUGGGAAAGAAGGGUUCCUCUAACACCGUCGCACUGUGCUCGACUUCUGAAUGGUGGCAGGGGUAAAACUGGAGUGACCCGCAUUAUUGUGCAGCCAUCCACAAAGCGCAUCCACCAUGAUGCCCUUUAUGAGGACGUUGGUUGUGAAAUAUCAGAUGAUUUGUCAGAAUGUGGUCUUAUUUUGGGUAUUAAGCAACCAAAGCUUGAGAUGAUUCUUCCUGACAGGGCUUAUGCCUUUUUCUCCCAUACUCACAAAGCACAGAAAGAAAACAUGCCUUUGCUUGAUAAGAUUUUGGCUGAAAGGGCGACUUUGUUUGAUUAUGAGCUUAUAGAUGGAGAUCAUGGAAAAAGGUUACUCACUUUUGGAAAAUUUGCUGGUAGAGUUGCAAUGAUUGACCUCUUACGGGGAUUAGGACAACGGUAUCUUAAUCUGGGAUAUUCAACUCCUUUCCUCUCAUUGGGUGCAUCUUACAUGUACUCUUCGUUGGCAGCUGCAAAGUCUGCAGUAAUUUCUAUUGGUGAAGAGAUAGCAACAAAUGGACUUCCUUCAGGAAUCUGCCCUCUAGUUUUUGUUUUCACUGGUUCUGGAAAAGCUUCCCAUGGUGCACAGGAGAUUUUCAACCUUCUGCCACACACUUUUGUGGAUCCCAGCAGACUUCCAGAAGCAUUUGGCACGAAUGAAGCACUUUGGAAACGCUUUCCAUUAUCCAAGUUACCCUUAGGAGGAUAACUGCCUUCAACCUCUCAUAGGCUUGAAUGGGAGGGCUGGCUAACCUGAUGGAUUUUAAUGGCAAUGCAUCUCUGCACUUUGUAUCACCUGUUAUGAGGAUUUUGGAAGUGUACUUAUCCAGAGGAAAAAUGCGGCGAAGGCCAGAGACCAUGUUCAAUCUGC